GGGAAGAUGGUGAAGGGAAUGGGAGGUGCUAUGGAUUUAGUGUCCAGUGCCAAAACCAAAGUGGUGGUCACCAUGGAGCAUUCUGCAAAGGGAAAUGCACAUAAAAUCAUGGAGAAAUGUACAUUACCACUGACCGGAAAGCAAUGUGUCAACCGCAUUAUUACUGAGAAGGCUGUGUUUGACGUGGACAAGAAGAAAGGGCUGACUCUGAUAGAGCUCUGGGAGGGCCUGACUGUGGAUGACAUACGAAAGAGCACUGGAUGCGACUUUGCAGUUUCACCAAAACUCAUGCCAAUGCAGCAGAUCGCAAAUUGAGAUGUGGAAUAGACAUUUAUCCCAGGCUGUAUGUUUUCCAUUUUAAACAUCCAGAAUUUAAUUGAAAGGACGUCAGUAAUCAUAACUGCAUUUUUAACAAGCCUUUUUUGACUAGUUUUCCUCUAAUAUUCCAGGUAUUAUUUAGCUACAGACUUUGUUCUUUCAAGCGUGCUAUGACUUUUUAAUGAAAAACAAAAGAAAACAUUUAUACAUUUAUGAUUAUCUUGUAUUAUAAGUGCUGAGAAUGUUAUCUUUACAACUGGAGCUCACCUUGGACAUAUCUUUGC